AUGAUUAAGAAAAGUAAGGUACACAUAUAGUAGACAUACUAGCAAAAGUCAACUAUACAGUUUAUAUUUUUCUUAUGUUUAUGUUUUCUGAAGAUCCUAUUCGCGAAGCAGAAUAGCGUCUUAUUAAGUCAGAUUGACUUGGCAAACCUCACCAGGCUACAGGCAUUCCGUAUACAGUAUCCACAUGUUAUGAGGCCAAAGGGAGUUCAAAUCCAACAGGCCAAAAACACGAAUCCGAUUGAUUGUUGUGGAAGAGAAGAAGUUGGACGUGAGAUACCCCCACAAUCAUGCCUUCAAUCGUGGAAAAAACAAAUCACGGAAUUAAAAAAAAUUCACCCAGAUAGCACAGCCUACGUACAGUGUCAAAUGAACACCGAAACGAAGUAUGAUGUCCAGAAGAUAAAUGAACUUCUUCGAGUUCAUAAAGCCAUGGAGAUCAAGCAAGAAGUCUCACGAGAGCUAGAUUGGUUUGCAGAUGUGACAAACUGUCCUACUAACGUGGUAAGUCAGCCUGACCAAAAUGAUAUCAAAAACUUCCAGAGCUUAAUUUAUUCGAAGGGGACCACACGGUCACCGGUGUCUCUCAUCUUGUGCCCCUCACUAUCCGCUACAACGGUGUGGCAGCGUAUGCGGUGUUGUUGUUAUGGUUGUGGCAGCUAUCGCAUGCCUUGCAAAUGAUUUCUUUCAUCAGCUGACCAAGAAAAUGUACCAUGUACCACAGUGUUUUACUUUUCUCAGUGACCCUACGAAAUCCGCCUGGUGUUAAUGUCAUGGUUUGGAGCACAAUCCGUUUUUCUGUCGAAUGUCUUGCCCAAGUUUGAUGCCAAUAUGGAAACUCCUAUAAAACUACAACCAGACACCAAAUCAUUAAAUGUAAAUAACAAAGACGAGAAGGAAAAAGAGGAAGAGAAGAAAGAAGAAAAGAAAGAAGAAAGAAAGGAAGAGAAGAAAGAAAUGAAGAAAGUAAAGAUAGAAAUAAAGAAAGAAGAGAAGAAAUGUCAAAAGAAACGAAACACGUUUUUGAAUGGUUUUAAAAGUCAUUCGUCGAAAGUUGCAAAACCUCUUCAAACAAAGAAAGGUGUCCACAAAUGGGAAUGUCAAUAUUACGACCUUACCUGGAAUGAUAAAUCGAACCUGAAUCGCCACAUCAGACGGAAACAUAAAGAAAACCAAAUCAAAGUGAAUGGUGGUUCCACAGACGUUGGAUCAGGCGGAAGGUGUGCAUGCACUCAAUGUGGUUAUUCCUGUCGCAGGAUUGUCGAAUUUCGUGAACACCUGUCGAAGGCGCACAAUGUAAUAUUCAGAACCGAAAACAUCAAGCUACAAAACUAUCAAGGUGUGUAAUAUAUACAUCCUAUUUUCGACUAUAUACAUCCCAUUUAUAUUAUCGAGGUAAACACUUGUGUUUUAAAAUCCCAAUCAUUUACAAUCAUAUUUGGUAAUUGGUGGCUGUUUUUAUAAUUUUUCAGAAUUUCAAGCAUGGAAGGAGUCUUUAGAAGAUAGUGAAGACUGUUUGUUUAUCAAGAACACCGGGGCCAAACGAUUAGGUGAAUCGAAAGUGGAAUACUUCAAUUGUAACCGUGGGGGAGAUUACGUGACAAAGGGAACAGGAAAAAGAAGAUUAAAAAGCCAAGGUAUAGGAUGUGGUCUUUGUCAGACAGUAGACCAUUUUCAAACGAAUGAGCCAGGGGAGACGGUUACCGUCACUUUAAGAAGCUUUAGAAGCCCAUACGGACAGCAAAGGUACUAAAUAUCAAUACUCCUCUUUCUUACUAGGAUCAAGCAAGAUUAACAACAACUGCACAGCAACCAUGACAGCUACCACAGCGAAUGACGGCCACGUUGACGUUGACGUAUGCUACACUCACUACGGACACGAACACGAACUUCAGCACAUUCGAAUUUCAAAGAUCAAAAGGCGGGAGAUUGCACUAAAGAUCAGAGAAGGGAUCAGCAGAGAUCGUGUGCUUGAUGAGAUACGUGAAAGUGUUGCAGAUGACUUGCAUCGCCAACAUCUGGUAGACAAAAAGGACAUGUGUAACAUUUCCACAGCGUAUGGGUUGGACAACAUUCGUCGUCACGGAAACGAUCAGCAAAGCGUCCUGGCAUGGAUAAAAGAAUGGGAGGAAAACGAAGAAACCAACCCCAUUCUUUUUUACAAGUUACAAGGGGAAGAGGCACCAGACGGGGUAAACCUAGCCAACGACGAUUUUUUCAUUGCUGUGCAAACCCCGCUACAAAAGCAUAUGUUCCAAAAAUUUGCUUCCAACGGCGUUUGUUGUGACACCACACAUGGAACCAACGCGUACGACUUCUCUCUAGCAAUAAUCCUUGUUGCCGACGAGUUUGGGAAGGGAUUUCCAACGGGGUGGUGUAUCUCCAAUCAUGAGGACUUCACCGUGAUGCACUUAUUUUUCAGCAUGAUUCGAAAAAAUUGUGGCGUUCAACACAGUGGGUUUUUCAUGAGCGAUAUGGCACCUCAGUUUUUCAACGCAUGGGUUGGUGUAAUGGGGGAGCCUCGGCCGAAGAAGCUUGUAUGCACGUGGCACGUGGAUAAGGCUUGA